UGUGAAACACACAAAAACUUUGUUGAUUUUUAAAACUCAAAAGAGAGGACUUUAUAGCCCAUGUCAACGGCUAAAAAUACACACUAGAGUAGCCUACAUCCUGCAAUAUUCACGUGGAAAGGAAAGAUAUCUAUUUUUAGAAUGACUAAUAUACAGAUCGCAUUAUUUAUCCAUGUCUACACUUCUACCUUAAGGCAGUGCGAGAGCUCUGUUGAAAGGGCUUGAAAGUUUACAUUUCAGUUGUGUGUCUGAAGGUACAUGUAUACGUUAUAGUACGUCAUUUUACGGCAGCCUUGUAAAACAUUGCAACAAAUAAACAGAAACAGAUAUGUCUGAAGGUACAUGUAUACAUAGUAUGUCAUUUUACGGCAGCCCAGUAAAAUAUUGCAACAAAUAAACAGAAACAGAUAUUUCUCAAGGACAGCUUUAAAUUCAAUCCAUUUAACUGAGCAAGGCAACUUGGUAUUACAAAUGCGUCACCAAUCAGGCGUGACAAUCUCUGCACUCCAGCCUUAUAAAGCGCCGUCACUGUAAAGCUCGCUGACAUAUAUUCUCAAAUCGCACGUCACAAAUAAUAUGAAAUCCCCAGCGUACAGCUAUCAAUAGGUGAUGUGCCAGCACAGAGACUAGAGCAGGUGUGGAACACUGGCUACCGUAUAGCGGCAUCUGGGCACCAUUCCUAGCCUCCGGCAAGAUUGUAUCACAGAGACUGGCACUGGUUUAUGCUGUUGUGGUCUAUCGAUUCCAGAAUAGACCGGCAGUAGAGAUAGCUGAACACGAAGGAUGACAGUCACCAUGUCCGGGUUGAUCACACGAGCCGCUCUCUUCCUCUAUAUCUUCAUCCUACACGAUUCUGUAGUAAUGGGAGCCGUGAUAGUGAGUGCCCCAUCCCCCCUGGUAGGACGUGUCCACAAGGAUAGCAUCCCCCUGGAGUGUACAUUCUGGAGCACGGACGGUACAGAAGUUGUGGCGACGAUGACGUGGACAAAACAGACCGUCCAUGGACGCAAGUUCCGACAACUUUUGGAGGUACAAAUUCCCAUGUCAGAUGAUGCAGAUGUCCGCUAUAGAGACUCGUCUCUCAUUCAACAACAGUUCGUCUGA